UAUGUGAUAACACAGAAAACAAAAGGCACAAAGGACUGGCACGUCAACUUUUUAGAAAACUUAUUCAGAACAGUUGCCCCUUUUGUAAAUGAGCAACACUCCACUAAGAUCAGGAUCUACACGUACGGUAUACUCGCAAACCUGUCAGUUGAACAGAAAGCAAAUAUUUUAAAAUCAGUGGGGAUAACCUCAGUACCUGAGGACAUACUGACAUCUGUAGAAAUGGAAAUGAAUGACAAGCUGAAAGAGGUGCUGAGAAGUCUGAAAGAAUAUCUGAGCAAACCAAACUCAGAAUGUGAGGGAAACACAGCCUCAACAUCAGGCAGGAAGAAGAAAAAGAAGAAGAAAAAGAAGGAAAAGACCCAAAAGCAAGAAGACCCAAAUGCUGACGUUUCCACUGCAGCAACUGAUCCAACAACAAAAGUUUCUGUUGUGGAGUCAACUUCAAAUGUAAAGCCUUUUGAAUACAGCAUCAUUGAAAAAUCAGAAAAACGAAACUGGCUUUCAAUCAGCAAGAGGUGGAAGGACAAACUGGAGACGCUUGUUGACUCAGAUGACAGUAAAAUAUCCAGAAUCAGAAGCAUUAUUUAUGUGAAUGAUGAAGAAUUCAGAAUUGCGAAUGGAAGCGAUGGUACUGAAGUCUUCUUGGGGCUGAGAGAGGACGGCACAGAAGUUGCCAUUAAGAGAAUGUCUAAAAGCAAAUACCAGGUCCUAAAGAAAGAAGUAGUAAUCCUACGUCUCCCUGAACUCGAUCAUCCUUAUAUCGUACGUUAUGUUGAUUUUCAGGAGGACGAGAACUUUGGAUAUCUUUGUCUGCAACUUUGUGAAUGCACUUUGGAAGAAUAUAUCAGGAAUGUCUGUAACAAUGAUAAGAAAGAUAAGGUUUUAAGGAAACUCGUCGAAGAAUUUCUAGAAAGCCUAAAGGUGCUUCACUCUCCAAAUUCAAAAAUUCUUCAUCGAGAUCUCAAACCCCAGAACGUUCUGAUUGGUAAGACGUGUUUGAAAUUCAAGAAAACGAAAACUGAAUACCUGAUAAAGAUUGGCAACAGAGACGAUGUCGCAAACUAUAGAAAGGCUGACCCGGAGCUGAUUGAUUCUCUUGAAAAAUGUGCUGUGGACAAAUCCUUUAAACAGUGGAAAAAUAAGUUUCCACAAGAGCUGGUUCGGGUGAUGGAUGGCAAAAAGCCCUACACUGAAAACACGUUGGCAUUACUGCGCUUUAUACGCAAUCUCCAUGUGCAUUAUGCCAAGGAAGCAUCCCAAAUUGAUGUUCUGGCAUUGUUUCCUGAUCUCUUUGGGAGUAUUUACACAUUUGCAAAGAACCGAGGCUGGAAUUUAGAGACACCAUUAAAGGAAAUGUUUCAAAGAGAAGAAAGAGAGGAUAUUAGCACAGUUUUGAUGAUGCCAUCUAAAAGCACGGAGGAGUUCCUGGGUGUCCCCGUUCAAGAGUCUCAACCCAGUGAAGUGAAAGUUGUCAGCAGCCAUAAAAAAUAAAAUAACUGCUAGUAGUAGCAGAGAUGUCAUGUCGGUGUGCCUCCUGCUGCUCUGUUAUUUCCCAAAGGAUCGCCACAGAAGACACUGAUCUGCUGUGGUGAUCCACAUGUUUGCACAUAGUUGUCCUUCCUUACACAACACUCCAUUUUCCCAGCACUAACACUGCAGUAUCUUCAAGCUAGGUCGGCUCCUUAAUGGAGGCACGACCAAGACUCUUAGACUGAACCAGCUAAAUGGAUUUUAGACACGAUGCAUAAUUUAUACUUGUGUGAAAUAAGUGCCUGAUGUUUUGAAAAAGUAACUAUUGAUUUUUAAAAGUAUGAGAGAAAUAGAUUACAAUUACAAUUGUUUAAGUCUCUUUACUCUAUUAUUUUAAUUUUUUUUUAUUUUUGUGAGGGUGUGUACUGUAUUUAUACACAAUUACGCUGCUUUUGUUUUUCAGUUUUUUGUGGUUGCUUAUUGCUACACUUUAUUUGUGCUCAAUUCUUUUUCUACAGUAGUACAACAUUAUAUUUUUAUUCAGUUAAUCUUCAGGUUUAAUUCUACAUUAUAUG